GCGGCUCGCGCGGAGCCCGGCCCCGCCUCGCGCCCUCCGCGGCUCGCGCCCAACCGUCGCCGCCGAGGGAGGAAGAUGGCUGAGGGCAGCCUCCCCGCGGGAUGGAGGUAGCCGGCCCUCGGCGGAGCCGGCGUGCGGGGAGGGCUCUUUCCCCGCCGUGCUGCAAAUUCUCCCGCACAGCUGUUGGGGAGGGCGGCUUCGGCUCGGUAAGCGCAGGAGGGAAUCCGUCCCGGCUUCGUCACCUUUCGUGGUCUUUGCGGUUGGCUUAACCCGUCUUUUCCUAUGGCUGGGAUAUACAGCUCUACUCUGAAGACCCUGGAGGAUUUAACUCUGGACUCUGGUUAUGGGGCAGGGGAUUCCUGCAGGUCGCUCAGUCUCUCUUCUUCCAAGUCCAAUUCCCAAGCUUUCACCUCUUCUCAACACAGAGGCAACUGGUGGUACUACUCGGGCUCCAUGAACAGUAGGAAUAACAGCUGGGAUACCGUCAACACCGUUCUGCCGGAAGACCCCGAGGUUGCAGAUAUCUUUUCCAAGUGUCCUAAGCUGCCGGAUCUAGAGGAAUACCCUUGGACUGAUGAAGACAUUGGAAGAAUCCUCCGAAAAGGGAAAGGAAAUGGCAAUAGCAGAAGCUUUUCUCAGGAAGCUGUCAGGAGGCUCUCGCAGUUACUGAGGCGUGCUUUGAUCAGGGUCUCCAGGGAGGCUCAGCGGCUCAGCGUGAUGCACUCCAAGUGCACCAGGUUUGAGGUGCAAAGCGCUGUCAAGCUCAUCCAGAGCUGGUCCUUGUCGGAAAGCUGUGUCCUGGCGACCGUCAAGGCUCUGUCUCUGUACAGCAUGAGUGCUGGAGAUGGGCUGAGGAAAGGGAAAUCGGCCAGGUGUGGCCUCACCUUUUCGGUGGGGAGGUUCUUCAGGUGGAUGGUGGACACCAGGAUCUCGGUUAGGAUACACGAGUACGCAGCCAUCUCUCUAACCGCUUGCAUGGAAAACCUCGUAGAAGAGAUUAAGGCUAGGGUUUUGGCAAGUCAGAGCCCAGAUGGUGGAGGAGGGGAGAUCUCAGCUGAGAUCCUGGAGAUGGUUAUCAACAACGAUGCUGAACUUUGGGGAGUGUUGCAACCUUACGAGCAUCUCAUCUGUGGGAAAAACGCCAACGGUGUGCUGUCUCUGCCUGCCUACUUCAGCCCAUACAACGAUGGCUCUGUGUGCAGCGACGGACGGGCCGACGCUUAUGCCCAGCUGGAACUCCGAACUUUAGAGCAGUCUCUGUUAGCAACUUGUGUUGGAAGCAUCUCUGAGCUGAGUGAUCUGGUUUCACGAGCAAUGCACCACAUGCAGUGCUUGAACACCAUCCGCCCAGGCAUGAGCCCCAUCCGGCAAACCCGGCAGCAGCAGCCCAUCUCCUGGUCCCCUGAUGCUCUCCACACCCUCUACUACUUCCUACGUUGUCCACAAAUGGAGUCCAUGGAGAACCCCAACCUCGACCCUCCAAGAAUGACCCUGAACAACGAACGACCCUUCAUGCUCCUGCCCCCGCUGAUGGAGUGGAUGAGGGUGGCCAUCACCUACGCUGAGCACCGGCGCAGUCUGACCGUGGACAGCGACGACAUCAGGCAGACGGCCAGACUGCUCCUGCCUGGCCUGGACUGCGAGCCCCGGCAGCUCAAACCCGAAUGCUGCUUCAGUUCCUUCCGGAGGCUGGAUGCCAAGGCUGCCACUGAAAGAUUCCAGCAGGAUCUGGGCUUCCGAAUGUUAAACUGUGGCAGGACAGAUCUGAUCAACCAAGCAAUUGAUGCCCUGGGCCCUGAUGGGGUGAACACCAUGGAUGAUCAGGGUAUGACCCCACUCAUGUAUGCCUGUGCUGCUGGAGAUGAAGCCAUGGUCCAAAUGCUUAUAGAUGCUGGAGCAAAUUUAGACAUACCAGUGCCCGGUGCCUCGCCGCGUUUCCCGUCCGUGCACCCCGACAGCCGCCACUGGACCGCCCUCACCUUGGCCGUGCUGCACGGCCACAUCUCUGUCGUCCAGCUGCUCCUGGAUGCUGGUGCCCACGUUGAGGGCUCUGCUGUUAACAGUGGGGAGGACAACUAUGCUGAGACUCCUCUUCAGUUGGCCUCAGCAGCAGGGAACUACGAGCUGGUGAGCUUACUGCUGAGCAGAGGGGCUGAUCCACUCCUCAGUAUGCUGGAGGUCAACGGCGUGUCCUCAUCGCUUCACGAGGACAUGAAUUGCUUCAGCCACUCCGCUGCCCACGGGCACAGGAACGUGCUGCGCAAGCUGCUGACGCAGCCCCAGCAGCUGAAGGGAGAUGUUCUGUCCCUGGAGGAGAUUUUGGCUGAAGGGGUGGAGAGUGACACCUCCAGCCAGGGCAGCUGCAGCGAGGGGCAGGUCAGGCUCUGCAAAACACGGAUGAAGGCCCUGCAGGAGGCCAUGUACUACAGCGCUGAGCACGGCUACGUGGACAUCACCAUGGAGCUCAGGGCACUAGGAGUCCCCUGGAAGCUGCACGUGUGGAUCGAGUCCCUGCGGACAACCUUCUGCCAGUCACGGUACUCGGUCGUGCAGACCCUGCUGAGGGAGUUUGUCACCAUCAAGGAGGAGGAUUACAACGAGGAGCUGGUUCAGGAAGGGCUGCAGCUCAUGUUUGACAUCCUCAAAACCAGCAAAAACGACUCCAUCAACCAGCAGCUCGCGUCCAUCUUCACGCACUGCUACGGCAGCAGCCCCAUCCCCAGCAUCCCCGAGCUCCGCAAGACGCUGCCGGCUCGCCUGGAUCCUCACUUCCUCAACAACAAAGAGAUGUCUGACGUCACCUUCUUGGUGGAAGGGAAGCUGUUCUAUGCACACAAAGUCCUGCUGGUCACUGCAUCUAACAGGUUUAAGACUCUCAUGACCAACAAAACAGAACCUGCCAGCCACAGCAGCAAGACUGUGGAGAUCAGCGACAUGAAAUACAAUAUUUUCAAGAUGCUGAUGCAGUAUUUGUACUAUGGAGGAACAGAAUCCAUGGAAAUUCCCACCACUGAUAUCUUAGAGCUGCUGUCAGCUGCCAGCCUGUUCCAGCUGGAUGGCCUCCAGAGACACUGUGAGAUCCUGUGUGCCCAGACCAUCAGCAUGGAGAACUCUGUUCACAUCUAUAAAUAUGCCAAGAUCCACAACGCACCCGAGCUGGCCUCUUUUUGUGAAGGCUUCUUCCUCAAGCACAUGAGCUCUCUUCUAGAGCAGGACUCGUUCAAACAGCUCAUCUACAGCAGGAACAGCAAAGUGCAAGGCCUGGACCCUCUGAGGGACCUGCAGACAGCCCUGGCCAGCCGCCUGCACUCCGUGUACGUCACCUCCAGGGUGUGAGGCCCAGCAAGGCCGUGGCAGAAGCGUUUGCUUCCGACCCCCGGGGCCGUGGCCUCUGCAAAGCUGGGGCUCCCCACCUUGUGGCUCUUGUCCAGAGUCCCCUCCACCAGACCCCCCCAGGCAAAGGCCUGCUGUGCCCCAUCCCGCUGAGGAGGGGGAGCUGGCUUCUCCGUGCUGCUACUGUCCCAGGAACACUGUCCCAGCACAAACCAGGGCUGAGGCUGCGGGUGAAGAACCUGCCCCCAAAGGGAAGAGCAAGGCUGCCCUUGAACCAAGCACAAGCUGGGGCUGCAGGGAAAUGAGGCCUUCACCCCAGCCCUGCUCGUGUCCACACACCAGAACGGCCUCCUGGCUCAUACACACACGUUGUAGCUGUAAAAAGGCUGCACAGAAGGAGUUUGCCCAUCCAGUGAGGCACCUGUCUGCACACAAAGGCUGCUCAACCCAACCUGCAGCCCUGCACUCAGAAACACCAGCUCUGUACAGGGCAAGAGCCUGACAUAGAUCCCACCUCCCCAAAACUGUUUGCACCUGGAGACAGAUACUUUGUAGGUGUUCAAACUGAGUAGAAUCUCAGACUAACUCUGACACUGCUCUUUAAAGCUAACAUGAAGAGGGGAGGAGAGAAGUGUUUGUUCCUGUAUUUGAAUGCGGUUUCACUGUGUCAGUUGUUAAACUGGAUCCAUCUUGAGGAGGGGAGGGUGGGGGAAGAAGAUGAUGACAGGUUUGCAGUGGAGCACUGCUGCUGCUUAGAAAUUCAACAAGUAAUACUGUAACUGAACACACUGGAAGGAGGUUCAGCAGGGCCCAGACCCCCAAGCAUGGGAUGAAGGGGAAAGAAUGAAGCAUCUCCCCACGCUCAUCCAUCACAAUCUGACAUUGCCUCACUCCUGAAGGACUUACAGCCAGCUGCAGACCAGGGAGCAGCCAGCCACAUUGGCCAGAGCACACCCACUCCAGCCUGUGCUUGAGGCCCACAGCCACUUGUGAAGAUCACCAGCUUCAGCCACCCUAUUUAUUACCAGAGAGCCAUGCAGAGUGUUUCAGUUAUCACUGGCCUGCCUGUAGAACACACCACCAGAGGCUUCACCUUGGCAAGUACUUUCAAGUAGCUGCUGCAGCUGCCUGUACAAAUCUGCAGGACCUCUUUUGUUGCUGUAAUGUUACAAUGCUUUGUUAACUGUACAUUAAUUGUUGUCACUUAUGUAAAU